ACAAAAGAGAAAGCAUAUAGAGUGGUGAGUGCAGAUUCUUGUUGCUUCAUUCUGUCAAGUUCUCUCAAAGGACAGGAAAUGAUGCUUCGCUGGGUCUUGCUUGCUUUGUUCUUUGGUAUCUGUGCAAGUGCCGGAGACCAGAAAAAAAAGAAAGAGAAGCUCCAGUCCCUGUCAAGAGGAUGGGGGGAUAAUAUUAGCUGGGUCAAAAGUUAUGAAGAGGGCCUGUCAAAGAUGGUCAGUAGUCAGAAGCCUCUGAUGGUCAUCCAUCAUCGAGACGACUGCCCGUACAGUCAAGCACUGAAGAAGGCGUUUGUUGCUGAAAAGUCCAUCCAGAAAAUGGCCAAAGAGGAUUUCAUCAUGCUCAACUUGGUGGAAGACAGCAACGACAAGCAUCAGGCACCUGACGGAUACUAUGUUCCUCGAAUACUCUUUGUUGAUCCGACCAUGACUGUGCGCGGAGACAUUGCCGGAAAGUACAGCAACCACCUCUACACUUACACGCCUGAUGACAUGGCACAUCUGGCCAAAAACAUGAAGAAAGCCAAAGUCCUGCUGCACGCUGAGCUCUAGCAUCACUCUGCCGUCUCUCCAUCCUCCAGUCAUGCUGGGCUGCCUGCUAGGUGUCAGCACUCAAAUGUUUACACACUGCUCAGUGAUCAAUAAAACUAAAAUAAAUGAUCAGGAA